UCACAAACCGAAAAUUUUCAAAAUCCCCCCUCUCUCUCAUCUUAUCUUCUCUCUCUAAAAAAACCAGAGGCUUUUCACACUCAAUACUCUCAAAUCAUCACAAUCUCCACAGCAAAAAUGAACAUUCACCAUUCCAUUUUAUGCAAUUUGUGUGUUCAAUUUCACUCUGUAAAACCCUAGGUAUUCGUUGUUGUUCGUCGGUUAGGGUUUAACGAAAUUAGGUUUUCGAUCGGUUUGUUGUAAUGGCGAGCUUGUUCUCAUCUUCUGUCACUGCAUCACAGGUCGGUUCGUACUUUGUUCAGCAAUAUUAUCAGGUGCUUCAGCAGCAGCCUCAAUUUGCUCACCAGUUUUACACUGGUUCUAGCACUAUGGUUCGAGUUGAUGGUGAAUCGACGCAGACCGCUUCGGCGAUAUAUCAAAUCCAUAUGCUUGUUCAGUCAUUACACUUGAGUGGGAUUGAAAUCAAGACCAUAAACUCUGUUGAAUCAUGGAGUGAAGGUAUUAUUGUGGUGGUGUCUGGUUCAGUGAAAUCAAGACCAUAAACUCUGUUGAAUCA